AUGGUUCGCAACAUCCACAUUGCAGUCCUCGAUGUCGACAUCCCAGCACGCCGGCUUUACGAGGCACGGGGCCUUUGUAGUGCUCACUUCCGCGACAUCCUUCGAGAGACGGCUGCACACUUGAACAAAACCAGCCCAGCCCUAAAUGACUCCAUCGAGAUUACUGUCACCCCAUAUGAUAUUCGAGGCGGCCACUAUCCUGACUUUCACUUGCUGCGCGGCGGUGCAACUCACGAACAAUUCCCUGUGCGCAGCCCCAUUGACGCAGUUUUGAUCACUGGGGGCGCGCCAGGAGUGUAUGAAAUGCCCGAGUCCCCGUGGAUGCAACUUUUGGAAAAGUUCAUCAAGACCAUGUACAGCUACUACCCUGAGGUCCGCCUCAUGGGCACCUGCUUUGGCCACCAGCUCAUCUCCCACGCUUUGGUCCGCAUUCCUGACGACCCUAUCCGAGACGUCUACGUCGAGAAAUGCCCGCUGGGCCGCGAAGUGGGUAUCUACACCGUGCAACUAGAGGACUCCUUCAUCCAACACUUUCCCUCGGCGCUUGGCCAUCUCCCUCAGGGCCAACUUCGCAUCCAGAUGUUCCACGGCGACCGCGUAAUGGCGGUGGAAACGGGACAGACGGUGACGCUCUGUGACACGCCGCCAGUCUCCCUCCCUGCCCCAUGGAUCAAUAUUGGAAGCACACCCAUUUGCCCUAUCCAAGGGCUGUACAACCCCGGUAGGGUAUUGACUGUGCAAGGGCAUUACGAGAUGGAUGCCUUUGCAACCCAGAAGAUGUGUGUGGAAAAUGCGCCGAUCAUGGGAUGGAAGGAGUCGAAAUUGGCGCUGUUCCUGGAGCAAGUUGGACCAGACACGAAGGAGCGACGGGAUGACGCGCGGGCAUUUGCGACUGCGGUUCUGUCUUUUCUGGCUGAUCUUGAGCAAUGA